GGCGUUUUGUCGCCUUGCGCCCGCGGGCGAUCGAGUAGCAGCAGCGCCAGCAGCGCCUCCUGCGAUCGAAGCAGCCGAGGGACGAAGGUCGUGCUCGCGCAGAGCGCAAUCCCGAGGGUUGAUUGAGAUUGUGAGCUCUCGCAUUCCGGAGCCUCGCAAGUUCUUUGGGUCCCGAGCUCUCCCCUCCCGUCAGCGAGUCCCCGAGCGCAGCGGAGAUGGCGUUGUCUCAAGGAAUCAUGGCCGUGUCAGUUCCGGCUGCCGCACUGCUCUCGGCCUCUUCUUCCUACUCUGCUGCCCGUGUGCAGACCGCUUCUUCGUCCUUGCCUGCUCUCGGAUCGAGAAGAGGUUUGGCUGUGCGUGCUUCAAGUGCAGAGCAGUCAGCAAACUUUGGACCUUCAUCCCAGAAACUGUGGACCCCGAAGAUUACUACCAAUGCCGUCGCUGCAAAGCAAGAGGCAGCAGCCAGCACUGGAGCAAAGGGCCCAGGCCACGAGCUACUUCUGUAUGAAGCUCUUCGGGAAGGUCUCGAGGAGGAGAUGGAGAGAGACCCGCACGUAUGCGUGAUGGGCGAGGAUGUCGGUCAUUAUGGUGGUUCUUACAAAGUAACCAAGGGCUUCGCUGAGAAGUUUGGAGACUGGAGGCUUCUUGAUACUCCAAUUGCUGAGAACUCCUUCACCGGAAUGGCAGUAGGAGCGGCUAUGACCGGUUUGAGACCAGUCAUUGAGGGCAUGAACAUGGGUUUCUUGUUGUUAGCCUACAACCAAAUCUCCAACAACUGUGGAAUGUUGCAUUAUACCUCAGGAGGACAGUUCACCAUCCCAUGUGUUAUCAGGGGUCCAGGAGGAGUCGGCAGGCAACUUGGUGCAGAGCACUCUCAACGUUUGGAGUCCUACUUCCAGUCUGUACCUGGCUUGCAGAUGGUUGCCUGCUCAACACCUUACAACGCAAAGGGACUGAUGAAAGCCGCCAUCCGAAGCAACAACCCCGUUAUCCUGUUCGAGCACGUGUUGUUGUACAAUUUGAAGGAGACCAUUCCCGAUGAAGACUACGUUUGCUGCCUUGAGGAAGCCGAGAUGGUUCGUCCAGGAAAGGACAUCACCAUUCUUACGUACUCAAGAAUGAGACACUACGUACUUCAGGCAGCCAAGACCCUCGUAAACAAGGGCUAUGACCCUGAGAUUAUUGACAUCCGUUCUUUGAAGCCAUUCGACAUGUUCACUAUCGGUAAUUCGGUGAAGAAGACCCACAAAGUGCUCAUCGUUGAAGAGUGCAUGCGAACUGGUGGCAUUGGUGCCAGUCUGAGGGCCGCAAUCAUGGAGAAUUUCUUUGACUACCUCGAUGCACCUAUUGGAUGCCUUUCAUCGCAGGAUGUACCCACUCCUUAUUCUGGACCCUUGGAAGAGCUUACUGUAGUCCAACCGCACCAGAUUAUCACAGCUGUGGAAAAUCUGCUCGCUAAGUGAUGUGGUCUGGAAACAAGCUCUUUGCGCGGUAGAAUUGGUACAAGAAGGUACAGAAGACGAGCACCCUUAUUCCGGGUAAAGUUGAUAAACCAUUUUUUUAGCAGAAGCAACAGCAAUUCACUUUUGCUACAGCUUCCUACAACUCCUGGAGUCCAAGUAGACAGUCAGAUUUUUAGCAAGUUAGCAUUUACUCAUUCUGAGCAACCAGCUUGCGUGUAAGAGUAAGGGCGUUCAGUUGAUAAGUUUUAUGUACAACCUCAUACAGGAACGGAGGUGGAAUUUUUAUAGAAUGUUAGGACGCGCAACCUCUUGAAUGUUAGAGCUAGUCAGUAUUUCCUCCCUGGUCAGCCUCGAGUCGUCUCCUUCACUGUUCGCGAUCUGAGCAGAAAUAUGUCGCCACCAGAAACUGUUAUUCGUACGAACAGAUCCUUGUGCGACUGCCGAUUGCAUGGUACAGUAGUUGUGUUUUUACACCAUCUAGAUUCAAGUGCAACGUCCUCCACAUUUAAGUGUGCCGGUUGCAAGUGCUCAUCGCUUUAUCCUUUUACUGAAUUUUCUGUUCGUGACAGAUGAUGACGUAACUCUUAGCUAGCCUCGAAGGGUUGUUUAUGACUAGUGAUGGUGUUUCGUAAUUGUUUCCUGAAGAUGCGGAUCACCUGCAUUAACAUGUAGCGGGCUUGAAGCCAUCAAUACAAAGAUGUCUUAACCA